AGCACACUCUCUGUCUAACAGAAUGGCUUCUACCUACACCAGAGACUCUGACAACACCAUGCUCUCUACUAAAGACAAACAUAAACUAAGGAAACCAGUUGUGGAGAAGAUGCGUAGAGACCGCAUCAACACCUGCAUAGAGCAGCUCAAGACCCUGCUGGAGAGGGAGUUCCACAAACAGGACCCCAAUGCCAAGCUGGAGAAGGCUGACAUCCUGGAGAUGACGGUGGGUUUCCUGAAGCAGCAGCUGCAGCCUCAGCGCCCAGUCCUUCAGAGGGCCCACAGUGAGGGCUACUCCCAGUGCUGGAGGGAGACACUGCACUUCCUGUCUUCCAGCUCCAUGAAGGACAUGAUGCUCCAUAACCUCCAGAGAGCUGGACAGGACAUCUGUCUCUCCUCUCCACUCUCCUCCCAACACCAAAACCACAGCCAGGGCCCAGUGAAGCAGGCCAUCACAGGCCACAAAUCAGUCUGGAGGCCGUGGUAGAACCACCGCAUAGGGAGACUGUCUCACAAACUGGAUGGAUGUUUACCAUCUUUCUUGCUGUAGGAAAUACAUUUCCAAACGUUAUAUUGAAAUUAUAUUAUUUUCUUGUUAUAUUUGAACGGAAUUCUACUGAUGUGAUUAUUUGUUCUCAGAGAAGAAGCUGAAAACAUAUUUGUAUUAAUUCAUAAUGAAGAAUAGGUUUGAUAUUGUACGUGUAUGUUUAUGUGUGUAUGUAUUUUGUGCUCACUUGAUGCACCAAUGUGUUAUUUAGUCCUUUCAUUUUCUAUGAAGAUGAUUUGUAAAGGUCAUAUCUUAACGUGUAUUGUUGCUUAGCUUACUCAAAUCUUGCUUUAACUCUAUUGCAUGUACUGUCCUAUUGAAGGACAUUUAAAAAUGCUUUGAUAUGUCUUUUGUAAAGGCUUUUUGGGACAUUGUUGUUCCACCAUAGGCACUGUUGUGCUGUGAAAUGUAUUGUUGACACUGUGUGUCUUUCAUUCUCACUUGAUAAAGUGAACAGACACCUAAAAUGGAUUCCAAUAAAUGUUUUGGAAAGUAACCAUACUGUGUGUGUGUUUCUAAAGGAGCUGUAGUGAAACAGGGGAUGAUGGGACAUGUAGAAAAAGUCAUAAUGUCCAGGGUAGAUGGAAAGUAACAACAGGUCCUUUAUGAAGUACAGCAAACGUCAUAUGACAAGCGUUAUAGUUUGUUGUCCCCUGUUUGGAGCUGUCUGU